AUGUCACAAUACAUCACAGAGGCAUUCUUCGAAAGCCACUUUUUCUUCAUUUCCCCCCAACAACGACUGGUAUGUCAGGAGAUUGAUGAAAACCCAGACAUUCUUGGUCGCUCCGACGCCAAAAGUUGCCUGUGUCCGGGGUCUUUUAGGGGCGAGGUCCCGCGGGUCACUGACUGGUUGCAUCAGCCUCUAAACGCCUCACAUUCUGGCACAUGCGACUGCCGGCUCCGACGGCUCUGGUGGCUGCGGACGCCGGGAAGGCAGCGGCACCGAUCGGCCUCGACCCAGUCCGAGAACCGUCAACAGCACAGCAGACCGGCCGAGGCUGUUGUCAACAGGGAGCUGGUGUCCACAAGUCGCAGAGUCCUCCUCACUUUCGGCGUGUUCACAGCGAAUUUGGAAAAUGAAUGCCGGCCUGCAGUUGCAGCCGACAGCCACUCAGCCACUCAGCCACUCAGCCAUUCAGCCCGACCAUGGCAUACGCCAUCCCCUCGGCAGACAAGUCGUAGCAACAACACUAGCAGCAGCAACAGCAACAGCAAAAGCAGCAGCAGCAGAAACAACAACAACACAAACAACAACGGCAAAUGCACAAACUAUCUGCAUAAACAGAGACCUACAUACAGAAGGAGAGGGAGAGAAGCGAGAGGAGGGCUGCACCAGAAAGAGCAGACAUGGCUGAAAGACCUAGAAGCAGAUACACUCGCGUUGCCACGUGAAGAACAGACUGGCCGGGCCGAUUGCUGCGUCUGGUGGAGCUGGUCUGUCCAACCGGUAGCUCUCGAGGCGUCUGAUUGGCUACAGCAUCCGGGCUCGGUCGGUCUGGAGCCUUCGAAACCGGCGCCUAUCAUUGCCCACUGCCUGUCCCUCCGACUCACUCGUCACCAUGAUUUUCAACUGCCAGCCCAGCUAUCGGCCCGUCUGGCUAUUAUUCGUCUCCGCCUGGACGUUGUUGUCUCGACAGUCGAGUCAUUGGAGUCGUCU